UCAGAAGUGCGCGCUUGUCUCUGUUGGGGCUUGCCAGUAGCCCUUUUUCCAUACAGAAAAGGAGACAGGCGCUUCCCGCCGACGCACCGGGACACGCAGGAAGAAACGGUAGUCACAGAGUUCGUGGCACGAACGGUGCUUGUGUCCGUGCGCUUUUCGAUUUCCUUUUCGCUGUCUGCGACUUCGCCUCGUAUAGAUGGCUCCAACACUAUCCCAUAUUUGAAUGUUUUUUUCAGAUACCGUUCUUCCCCUACAAGACUCGGUCCCGUUUCCCGUCUCUUGUCUCCGGAGACUUGGACGCUACGUGGCAUCGUCAGCCGCAUCAUCCCGCCUUUGCCCUGUUCGCGGAAGCGCCUAGCUUGUUGCUUUUUUUCGCGUUCUUCCUGUUCUCUGUGUCACUCGUGUAGCCUGAAUGCCCGGUCUACUCCACUGGGAUCCAUUUUCUGCAUUUCCCCCGCACUCGAGACCGUUUCCGCUGCCUUUUCUUUCUUGGCGAUUGUCACAUGCAAGUCGCACCCUUCCGCAGGGUAGUCCGACUGUCCCUUUUUGGCCUCCAGAGACGUUUCCUUUCCUCGCGAAAAAACGCCAUAGUGGCGACCCGCCUCCGACCACUCGCUGUUUCUGAACGUUUUGUGCGACAGUUUUCGACUUUUUGCGGUGAAAAAAAGAUGACGACCCUCAACGGCGUGACUCCCGCAGACGAGGCUGCGACGGAACAACUCGCUGAGCAACUUCGCGAACUCCGAGUCAGAGUGACUCAAAAUGCGGAGAAAGUCCGGCUGCUCAAACAGGCAAACGCUCCUGCGGAGGAAAUCGCCGCAGGUGUAGAUACACUCGUGCACCUGCGUGCACAAGUCACCGAACUGGAGAAGCAGUUGGAGAGCACUCGUCCACUGUAUUACCAGCUUCGUUCGCAAUGUGAAAACCUCCUUAAGCGCCGCUUCUUCGUUGUUCCUUCGUACGAAAUUUAUGGAGGAGUCGGCGGGCUGUACGACUUUGGACCGCCAGGAUGCGCUCUGAAGUCGGCAGUUGAACAACUUUGGCGGCAGCACUUUGUCUUGGCGGAGGAUAUGCUAGAAGUUUCUGGCCCUUGUCUCACUCCCCACAUUGUCCUCAAAACCUCAGGUCACGUGGACCGUUUCACGGAUUUGAUGGUGAAGGACACCGUGACGCAGGACUGUCUGCGCGCGGACAAGUAUUUGGAGGAGAAGAUUGACGAACGUCUGAACGCGAAGGAAGGGAUUUCGCCAGAAGAGGCGAGUCGUCUCGCUCUGCUUCGUCGCCAGGCGGACGCGCUAUCCGCCGCGGAAAUGAAGGUGGCGCUGGAGGAGCUGCAGGUGAAGUCUCCUGCAGGAAAUCCGCUUUCGGAUCCUUUCCCGUUCAAUCUAAUGUUUGGUCUGAAGAUAGGCCCCAAGGACGAGGCGGGGGCGGGGGAAGAGCCGGCGACUGGCCGCGGCCAGAAGGCGAGUGCGGCGAGCCGGUCAGCGGAAGGCCGGGGGUAUCUUCGACCGGAAACCGCUCAAGGGAUCUUCGUGAAUUUCCGCCGCCUUCUCGAGUUCAACGGCGGCCGCAUGCCGUUCGCAGCGGCGCAGCUCGGACUCGGAUUCCGCAACGAAAUCGCACCGCGGAACGGCCUGCUACGAGUGCGGGAGUUCCAGAUGGGGGAGAUCGAGCACUUUGUCCACCCCGACCAGAAGGACCAUCCAAAGUUCCACCUGGUCCGAGACCUGAAGAUUCCACUCUUCUCACGGGAAAACCAGCUGACGGACGGGAAGGUGCUGCGGGACGUGACGGUCGGCGAGGCGGUCGCGAAGAAAAUCAUUGACAACGAGACACUGGGGUACUUCCUCGCGCGAACCUAUCUGUUCCUGACCCGGUGCGGGAUCGCAGACUCUGGACUCCGGUUCCGGCAACACUUGACAUCUGAAAUGGCGCACUACGCCAAGGACUGCUGGGACGCCGAGGUCGAGUGCAGCUACGGCUGGGUGGAGGUCGCAGGCCACGCGGACCGGUCUGCGUUCGACUUGACGAGCCACUCGAAAGUCAGCAAAGUGGACCUCGUCGCGUCGCGGAAAUUCGACUCGCCGCAAAUCGUCGAGUACGUCAAGUACACCCCUAACAAGGGGCUCUGCGGCAAGACCUUUAAGGACCGGCAGCAGGCGCUCCACGACGCAAUAGAAGAAAAGUCCGACGCCGACCGCUUCGAAAUCGAAGCUGCGCUCGCGGCCGAAGGCCGGUACACCUUGACGCUGUGCACGGGGGAGGUUUUCGAGAUAUCUCGCGAAAUGAUGAAGUUCGAAAAAACCACGAAAAAAGUCAGCGAGGAGUCCUUCGUCCCCGCAGUCAUCGAGCCGUCGUUCGGCAUCGGGCGCAUCCUCCACUGUAUUAUGGAGCACGCGUUCCGGUCCCGCGGAAUCGUCGAUCAAGAGGAAAGGUGCUACAUGGCCUUCCCAGCGAUCAUUGCACCGACAAAGUGCAUCAUUCUUCCCAUCAGCAGCAACCCCAGCUUCGUCGAACUGCUUCAGCGCGCGCGAGACGCAUGCGUCGCGCGAGGCAUCUCGGCCAAAGUUGACGCGUCCACUGCCAGCAUCGGAAAACGGUACGCACGAAACGACGAAGUCGGCACCCCGUUCGCCAUCACAGUGGACUUUGAGUCCCUGAAAGACGACACGGUGACCGUGAGGGAACGGGACUCGAUGGAACAAAUUCGCGUGUCGCUUUCUGACGCCGUCGACCUGGUCGCGAGGAUGAGUCAGGGAUCUCUAGACUGGCCAACGGUGAAGAAAACUUACCCUCUCGUUGACGUCAAAGAGAGCUAAAGAGAACAACGAAAAUAGUGCCGUACACCACCAUCCCUGUGGACUGCGGAGCAGAUAGCUAAGGUUGGCGAAUGCCACGAUCCUACGACCCCUAGGGUACUAUUCCACAUCGUUUAAGUUGUGGACAUUUUGUUUGAAGUGCUACAGCUCUGGAAAAGCUCACGGGAAUGCAAGGGACUGGAUGGAGAAACAGCCACAAACGCCACAGAAAGCGAAGGGAGGAGGGCACAAGGGGGAGGUACCAUUUUCCGAUGCGUGCAAGUUUCGCCUUCGGAAAAAAAUGGUUCUCUUUGCGCAAAACGCCGAGGAACGCGGCGAGACUUUCGUGAUCCGCCCAGCCUGCAUUCCGCAGUUGGCGCCAGUCUCGGGGCCAGAAAAUUACAAUGAAAUCGGUUUUGUUCCGUCUAGUUUCUUGAUGUGCACGGUGAGACGCCGCUGCAGGGAAGCCACAACGCGAUUGCUUUGUCUCAGCGUGUCAGUCGCCAAGUGAGCCACAUUUUCAAAAAGAUCCACGCGGAGCUCAGAUGGUAAUCCAGAUCAGCAGUGGUGACAUAAUUGUUCGUGUCCAGUUGCGGAUGGUGUUAACCUUCAACACGCUGUAGUAAGCUAAAGACUAUCGUGAGGCACGGUAGCAUUUGAUGGCGGUGCGGUUUCCCGUAGUCUAGGAUUCGCUGCACACCGCAUUUGGAAAGCCACUGAUGCCUAGCGCGUCAAGGGAUGUUUUUCUGACGGUCUCCACACACGAUUUCUGUACAUGCGAAAUUCCUGUUCAAAAAGAGGAGGUUGGGCAGCUACACAAAGGUGUCGCAUGUUAUAAAAUUCCUUACGAAUGAGAAGUGGUUCCUCCCAACAUGGCCGGCGGUGUCUUCUCGCCUUUUCAUGGGUUCCGUUUGGCCCUCGCUCGCAGGUGUCGCUACAUCUUGAUCAUGGUAUCAAUCCCUA